AUGAACCUUAAUGAACUCAUUAUAACCGGAAAGGCAAAAUAUCUAAUCCUAACAAAAAGUUACUCAACAAAUGAAAACUAUAAAUUGUAUUGGUUCGAUUAUUUCGUUUCUAUUGGAUAUAUCACAGAUUCGGAUUCAGUCAAUCCUUAUGCACCGUACGGCAAAUGUACACGUUCAUUACUAUGGUUAACUUAUUUAAUCAAUCUCAUUCAUUUUUUCCUUUUAUCAAGUGGAACACUUUAUAUUUUGAACCAUCACCGAAAUCGAAGUGGAUUUUGGUGGCCAUUUAUAACAUGGAUGUUAUCGUUUAUUUUCAUUAUCGCAUCAAUUAUUCUUUUCAUAUUUCGUAAUUUGAAUACACGUUUAUUUCCUCUUCUGAUCAUUGCCGUACAGUUAUCAACUUUGAUUAUUCAAUGGAUAUCAAUAUUUAUUGUUACUAUCCAAGCAUUUCAUGUGGAAGCUCGUUAUCAACGCUGUUUAUUCAUAUUUAUCGUUGUUUUACUUUUAUUACAAGCUGCAUGCUUUGCUGCACAGGCUCUAAUCACAUUACAUUGUGUAUUUAAUCUCAAAUUUAUCAGUACAUUUUUGGACUACAGUUACUGGUCAGCAAUUGUCGCUGCGGCAUGUAUAAUUAUUUCGACUCUUUUGUUCGAUUAUAUCUUUAUAUGGUGUGGUAAGCAUAAAACAUCAUCUCGAAUAAGUCCGGCGCCAACGGCUCCAUCGGAUGUGCACCCAAAUCGAGCCACCUCACCUAUUGAUCCCGUUAUCUUGGAAGAUUUCCAUCAACAGCCAGGAGGAGCAGACUACCAAAUCUCAAGCAAUAGUGAUCGAACCAGACGUUUUCGUAUUCAACCAGUAAAUCAACGAUUGAACAAUGAAGAUUGGAAUAUUUCAGCAAAUGAACAUCGUACCAAUCCAGGACAUAUACAUAGUCUAUUAACAGCGAGCGAAGCUUAA